AUGGAUAUUGUGGGAGCACUACCGAAGUCUUCUGGUGGACACCUGUACAUCUUGGCAGCAACUGAUUACUUUUCAAAAUGGGUUGAAGUUGUCGCUCUUAAAGAAGUGAAGAAAAAGAAUGUUAUAUAUCGCUUUGGCAUCCCUUGCUAUAUAAUAACAAAUAAUGGCAAGCCAUUUGAUAACAAGUUAAUGAACAAGAUUAGUGAUCUCUUUGGUUUCAAGCAGCGUAAAUCUUCUAUGUAUCAUGCUGCCAAUGGUCUUGCUGAAGCAUUUAAUAAGACCUUAUGCAACCUUCUAAACAAAGUUAUCUCCAAGUCCGAACGGGAUUGA